UUGAGGGUAGAGACUGUUGAUCAUUGUGUAGUAGACUGAAGGGUAGAGACUGUUGAUCAUUGUGUAGUAGACUGAAGGUUAGAGACUGUUGAUCAUUGUGUAGUAGACUGAAGGGUAGAGACUGUUGAUCAUUGUGUAGUAGACUGAAGGUUAGAGACUGUUGAUCAUUGUGUAGUAGACUGAAGGGUAGAGACUGUUGAUCAUUGUGUAGUAGACUGAAGGUUAGAGACUGUUGAUCAUUGUGUAGUAGACUGAAGGUUAGAGACUGUUGAUCAUUGUGUAGUAGACUGAAGGGUAGAGACUGUUGAUCAUUGUGUAGUAGACUGAAGGGUAGAGACUGUUGAUCAUUGUGUAGUAGACUGAAGGGUAGAGACUGUUGAUCAUUGUGUAGUAGACUGAAGGUUAAGGGCAGAGGAGCCAGUUUUAGACCAACUAUCACUUAGUGGUGGUGGUGGUUGACUUGUGGUUAGGUUAGCAUAGCUGUGGUCGAGGAGCGGUCGAAGAGCGUUCAUGGUCCUGGCUAUGGAGGACGCCUGUCGCAACGGGGUGGAGGUAGCGGUGGAGUCCCCUCCGGAUGCAGCCGGGACGGGAGAGCAAGGCGAGACAGGAGAUGGGUCGGCCGGGGAGGGGGCGGCUGCUGAGCCCACAGAGGGAGCCGACACAUCCGGAGCGAUGCAGCAGGUGUUGGACAACCUGGGGGAGCUGCCUACCUCCAUGGGGGCCAAAGACAUCGACCUCAUCUUCCUCAGAGGCAUCAUGGAGAGUCCCAUUGCCCACGAGCGAUUGGAGGACGUGAGGCUGGAGGCGGUGCAGGACAACAACGUGGAGCUGGUCACAGACAUCCUGGGCGACAUCACCGCCCUCAGCGUCCGCGACGACAGUGCAGCUGAACUCUCCCGAAUCCUCCAGGAGCCCCACUUCCAGUCCCUCCUGGAGGCCCAUGACAUGGUAGCCUCUAAGUGCUAUGAAGCUGUGCCCCUAGCAGAGCUGUCCAAUGAGGCGCUGGUGAACAGUGCUCUGAUGCAGGCCGACGCUGUACGCAUGAUCGGCAUCCGCAAGAAGGCUGGAGAACCACUGGGAGUGACGUUCAGAGUGGAGAAGGAGGAGCUGGUCAUCGCUAGGAUCCUCCACGGAGGAAUGAUUGACAGACAGGGUCUGCUACACGUGGGUGACAUCAUAAAGGAAGUGAAUGGGCGGGACGUAGGUAACAACCCCACUGAGCUGCAGGAGAUGCUGAAGGACUGCAGCGGAGGAAUCACUCUGAAGAUACUGCCUAGUUAUAGAGAUGCACCUGCCCCACCACAGGUGUACGUGCAACCACACUUUGACUACGAUCCAGUCAAUGACCAUCUGAUCCCGUGUCGAGAGGCGGGGAUUGGCUUCAAGAGGGGGGACCUCCUUCAGAUCGUCAACAGAGAGGACCCCAACUGGUGGCAGGCAUGUCAUGUGGUUGGUGGAGCCACUGGACUGAUCCCCAGUCAGUUUCUGGAGGAGAAGAGGAAAGCUUUCGUCCCACGAGACUUUGACGGCUCAGGGAUUCUGUGUGGUACAAUAACUGGAAAGAAAAAGAAGAAAAUGAUGUACCUAACAGCCAGGAACGCAGAGUUUGACAGGCACGAGCUGCAGAUCUAUGAGGAGGUGGCCAAGAUGCCCCCGUUCCAGAGGAAGACCUUGGUUCUGAUUGGAGCCCAGGGGGUGGGCCGCCGUAGCCUCAAGAACCGACUGGUGGUCCUCAACCCAACACACUUCGGAACCACCAUCCCCUUCACCUCCCGGCGUCCCCGUGACGAUGAGCUGGACGGUAACUCGUACCAGUUCGUAACACGGACGGAGAUGGAGGCGGACGUGAAGGCGGGCCGUUACCUGGAGCACGGCGAGUACGACGGGAACCUCUACGGAACCAAGAUGGACUCCAUCCACGAGGUGGUGGACACGAGACGAACCUGCAUCCUGGACGUCAACCCACAGGCUCUGAAGGUACUAAAGACAGCAGAGUUCAUGCCGUAUGUGGUGUUCAUCGCAGCACCAGAGUUUGAGACGCUCAAGGCCAUGCACAAAGCUACGGUGGACGCUGGAAUCACCACCAAACAACUCACGGAUGUGGAUCUGAGGAAGACUGUUGAUGAGAGUGCUCGUAUCCAGAGGGCCUACAACCACUACUUCGACCUCAUCAUCACCAACGACAACCUGGACCGCGCCUUCCAGACGCUACAGGCUGCCGUCGACAAACUCUGCUCCGAACCACAGUGGGUCCCCGUUAACUGGGUCUACUGAACCCCAACCGGACACUGUCUGACUGGGUCGACCUAGUGUGUUCAACCCCCGAGGCGGGGGAAAGGACAUGAGAAAGGGGGUUGGUAAUCUGUGGUACUUUGACGGGGAGAAAACCAACCAAACCAAGCGCCUCCUCCUCUCUCCUUACUUCCUGCACACAAUGCAACUGUUUUCUACUGGAAACUCGAAGGGAAAGACUUCUUAUAUAUUUUAGUAUUUUGUAACUUUUUACGAACGAUCUUUCUAUUCAUACCAACGUGGAAUUCAAAAACAUGAAAAAAUAAACAUCAAGGCCAAUCAUUUGGGCCAUAUUUUUUAAUUUAUUUGUUAUUACGUUAGUUUUUUUGUAGUUGUAUCCCUGAGAAGGAAUUAUGUUUUUUCUUCUUGUCUGGGGACUGCUCUAGAAAGAGUAUUUAUUAUUGUUAUAUCAACACAGGUCAACAAUGAAGAUGAGACACUAUGCAAUAUUCCAGAACUCUGAGCACUGUUGCCAAGGAAACCUUUUUACGGCGCAUGUCAUUGCCAUGACAACUAGUGUGUCUCAGACCGAAUCCUGUGGACAUCCCUUGUGUGAUUGUCGUAGACCCCCCCCCCCCCCCUCCAAAUACCCUACAGUGUACUGUUAGGCUACCCCCUGAUUUGUUUGUAUUUACCUCUUUAGAAUUGUGACCUCAGCAAAAAUGAACUUGUCUGAAUAUCUACCCCUCACACAUCCUACAAAGAGAAUGAAAGGAAAAGAGCUUUACACUUUACAUUGUACUAUUGAAUAUCAGCAUUUUAACACUGUGUUUCUUAGUUUUUCUUUUAUUACCGUAGGAUUCACUGUCUUUUGUGGCUAUGAUGAUCAUUUUUAGCUUAGUGACUUUUUUUGUCUCCCAUGAUCCUUUGCUUUGUGUUGUUUUCUAUAUUGAACAGACCACAUCCUGUUUUUACCAUUCACCAUCUACCCUGAUCUGUAUGUAAGGUGCUUGACGUUUUUUAAUUAGUUGAUGUGGCACGAAACAAUACUAUCCCACAGUCCUCCUCCAGUGUCAAAGCCCCAAAGCCCUCCUGUGCUGUAACCCAAAUACUAUAUUCUGACUGUUUUCUUUGGUCAUUCUGAACAAAGUCCCAACUGGUGUCCAACAACAACCUUGUGUUUUGAAACACAUCUCUAAAGCAAUA